GGAGGGGGCCGAGGCGGUGGGGUUUUAUGGGUUGGAUUUGUAUUCGUUGGGGGCGUCGAUGCGGGCGGUGGUGGAGUAUCUGCAGGGGGUGGAUCCGGAGAUGGCUAAGGUGGCGGGGGAGAGGUAUGCGCGGAUGAUGAUGUGGGCGGAGGAGCCGCAUGAGUAUGGGCUGGAGGCGCUGGCGAGUGGGUUUAAGGGGUGUGAGAAGGAUGUGGUGAGGGUGUUGAGGGAUUUGUUGGCGAAGAGGUUGGAGUAUGCGGCGUGGGGGGCCGAUGGGGAGGAGUUUCAUAGCGGAGAGCAGAAUGCGAGACUGGUGAAGGACGCCGAACAGUACUACAAGGCCAUGUACUACGGCCGCGACGAGUCCUGGAACCUGCGGGACAGGCACAUGUUUGAGACGCUCGUUCGUGUGCUGAAGCAUCGCGGCAAGAAGGGGCCGGCUAAAGCCGUCGUCUGGGCACACAACAGCCACAUCGGCGAUGCCCGCGCAACGAGCAUGGGCUGGUCUCGAGAAGAGCUCAACAUUGGGCAGCUGUGCAAGGAGACGUUUGGCAAGCAGGCGCUCAGUAUCGGCUGCUCCGGUAACACGGGCACAGUUGCGGCCGCUCGGCGCUGGGACGGCGACAUGUCGGUGAUGCAAGUGCGGCCUGGCCUAGCUAACAGCUAUGAGGAGUUGAUGCACGCCUCGGGGGUCAAGAGCUUUGUCCUCGACCUCCGCGAAGGGCACUGCGACGAGAAGCUGCGGAAGGCGCUCAUGAGAAAGCGGCUAGAGCGCUUCAUCGGCGUCAUCUACGCACCACACACGGAACGUCAGUCACAUUAUUCGUCGGCGGUGCUACCGGAGCAAUUUGACGGUUUUAUUUGGUUCGACGAGACGCGGCAUGUGGGCGCCCUCGAGGUCCAUCAGCCCCAUGUGGCUCUGGAAUAUGACGAGACGUGGCCGUUUGGGCUGUAGUCGUGGCUUGAGGUAGGUGAGUCUGAAGGGGAGAUUGUAUGAUACUGUAUUCUAUGUGUUCUACUACUAGACUGCCGUAAUCUGGAAACACAAGGUCAGGGGUAGCUGGAUUUGACAGUCCAGAACGGUGCAAGAGAUCGACGAAAGAAAUUGCGCAUUCUAUACGUCAUAGUCCGAGUGCGUCCUGGGAAUGACCCUUCAGCCAGGUAGACGACGUGUCAGUCCAUAUAAUAUCCCAUCUAGAUUUCUCAUUU